AUGGUGCUCAGGUCAGAGAGGACAGCUACUUCUCUGGCGAGCUUCAUACCCGCAACUGCAGAGGUCCACACAAUCGGUGGAUUUUUACAGUUGUUGCAGGCUCGCGGGGUUGGUCGUUGCCAGCUAGAGUCUAGAAAUAUCUACUGUGGAACAGUAUUGAAUGACAACGGCAGCCAAUUCACAAUCUUUGAUGACUCAGGGAUCAAAAAAUAUAGUCAGGUGACUGCUGUGGUGAAACGCGCGAAGGUUCGAUUAAGUACCGAAGCCCUGAUACGAACUGAGCGAGAUAGGGCGGCUCUCACUCAUCAUUCGCUCCGCCGACAUCCCAAUAUUGUACAACUACUAUAUUACGACUUGAUCGAUAAUGUCGACAAUUCUUUUCUUCCAGCUCUAGUCAUCGAGCGAGCUGAGCAUGGAAGCCUCACAAAUCUACUUGACGAAUGUCCUUCUGAGAUCAUUUCAGAAAGCAAUCGACUUUCUCUCAGCGCUGAUGUAACCGCAGGUCUCCUGGCUUUACAUCAGGCAGGAAUUGCCCAUGGGGAUUUGAAGGCUGACAACAUCUUGAUUUUUGGUAAUUUGGAUUGGACAGGCCUGUUCGUGGCGAAACUGACCGAUUUUGGAUCAAUAAUACCAACAUCGAACGCGACAAAUUUGAGGUACUAUGGGACUCGCCUUACGAAUGCGCCAGAAGUCGCCCAUCAAACUGUGACGCAUAAGCUCGAUAGCGAAGGACUUAUUGCUUGUGAUAACUACUCCCUCGGGCUACUUUUUCUCCAGAUUUUCACAAACAGGCUAGACAGUCGUCUUACCACACAGGAUAGUACUGUACUGACAGAGGCCUUGAAGAGUAUUGUGGAAAUUGACAUGACGUCCAAGACACGGUCAAUGGUCUCAGAUGCCGUUCAGAAACUACUCCCUUAUGACCCAGAGGCACGUUGCUCAGAUCUUGCAUUUAUCCUUACAGUGUUACGGCCACCCAGCAUAGUGGAUGCGUCUAUUACUAAGAAUUUUGUUGAUCAUAUGGCACGUAAUAGUGACGGUCAGAAUAUCUCCACUGGCCGCAACGAGAGCGAAAUUGCCGCUGCCCUUCAAUCCACAUUCGGGGACAGCGAAUAUCUAGAAUACGAGGUUUCAGAUGAGAUAUGGACACCAAAAGAUGUACAAAAGUCAGUUUUAGCACAAGUCGAAGCAAGAAGCGAAUCCUACCAAAGCGGAACUUCUGGCCGGGCGCUUUUUCAGCUUGCCAUUUUUCAUGCAAUAGGUUUUGGUGCGCCGCAGUGUGUCGACUUAGCCCUUCAAUGCAUUCGGCAGGCAGCAGACCGUGGCUAUCUCCCGGCGCAGUGCCUUUUCGAGAAUUGGCAUGUGGCACAUCGCAAACCUAUUCUCACGGAUAAGGAAAGGCAACUAGACAACCUGUAUGACGCAGCGAUAUGGGGAUCUUUCUAUGCAGCCGUAAGCCUUCAAAGAACCGACUCUAAUGAGUACAAGCUUGCGCGAGAUCAAUUCCAUGCACGCGGUGGCUAUAAUCAAUAUUUCUACUGCCACGAAGCACCUCCUUAUAUAGGGUCUGCUGAAUUUAGGACCUGCAUGUCGCAGACCGGUUGGAGUCCUGGUGUGGAGCCGCUGUCCGUGCUGCUUCAGUCCGCUGUCAUAUAUGGAGAUGCACUGCUGCUUCAUCUGCUGCUAGAUCGCCACGAUAUGGACGCCAAUCAGACGACACGACAUGGCGAGAGCCUGCUUACACUGUGCUGCAAGGGUGGUCAUCUCGCUGUCUUAAAGACGCUCGUUGAAGCUGGAGCCACGACAUAUGUAAAUGAGGAUGACGUCGAGCGAGAAUCUCCACUGCAUUGGCUUAUUGCGUUUGAAGAUGACAAAAUCAGCUUUGCCAUGGAAUUGCUCCAACAGACAGGAGCAUGCAUUGGGCCGGCUCCAACUUUGGCUUGGAAUCAUCCGACGAUUGAUUUUCCGGGAAAAUUUCCUCGAGCAACGCCUCUUCAUUUUGCAAUAUAUCACAACAGCAUGGCAAGCGUGGACGCAAUCCUUAAGGGCGCUUUAGACGACUUUGACGUCAACAUGAGAUGUUUGGCCGACGUUAGCUCAGUCCUCAGUCACGAAAGUUGGUCCAUCUGCGGACUCUAUGGUGUUGAUUCAAGGGCAGUCAAACAGAGAUGCAUCCAUACAGUUAGUAGCAGGGCUCUCGCAUUGCUAGACAUACCUGAAGAGGAGGGUGAAUUUACUCCUUUGAUGAUUGCAACCCAAAACCAGGAUGCAGAUGUGGUGGACAUCCUCAUUCUCAAUGGCUGUAAUGUGAACCUCGAGACAAGCUAUGGAAACGACAACCGUACGCCACUGAAUUUGCUGACCGAGAACCGAUUAUCAUAUCGAGACAAUGAUAUCUUUGAAAAUCUCAUAGAAGCAGGCGCAGACUUGCAUCAUAGGUCAUUAAAAGGCGGCAAGCUCCUCACACAUUAUGCGGCCAGGGACAACAACGUCAGAAUACUCCAGAAGGCGCUUGAUCAUGGCUUGAACCUUGAUGACGAGGGUUCGUUAGGGGAAACACCUUUGCACCUUACAGCGCUCUAUGGUUCUGUCGAGGCAUGCCGACUCCUUCUCGACCGAGGUGCUAGCACCAUUGCAGAUAAUUUCACCAUGGGGUACGGAAAAUAUGAUUGGAAAAAAAUCACUCCCAUCGGUGUGGCGACUAUCGUGAAAAACAUGAGCCUCACCUCGCUUUUUCUCCAACAUGGUGGAACCAAACUUGCUAGACCCAGAACCAGAGACACGAUCUUGCACGUCGCUGUCACCGAAUACGAGCCCGAUGCCUUGGAAACGCUACUUCAGUUACCCGACUUCCAGAACGCAGGGCUUCUGGACGCGAAAGCGGAAAAAGGCAAGACGCCACUACACAUAUGCGCCGCGAACCCGCAUUGCUUCAUGCAGGGUCAGCUUCUGAUCAGUGCAGGUGCUAAUGUAAACGCCCUCUUGGAUGAAGGCUUUUCCGCGCUUGACAUCGCGUGUCGGACUGUCUGUACACUGGAGGGUAUGCUUUCAAAAGAAAAAGGCGAGGGCUUUCUGUACACCAAGCUUGCGCUACCAGGCUCUACACGAAUCGAGAUGCAUUUCAAGAAGGAGGAAACGGGAGAGGUGGAGUACAGUAAUAUAGUCGAUGAGUGCCCUCGUGACAAUAUCAUAGCGGCGAAAGAGGGGAUGAGUGAAUUCAUUGUAGCGUUAGAGAAUUCCGGAGCGAAAAAGAAUCGGCCUGAGGGAUAUGCAGAUGAGCUAUCAAACAUCUCAGAAUAUGAGGUCUUUAGUAGAGUUGUCGUCUUGUAG